AUCGCCGUUGCCCGCACCUGCGUCAUUCGCCAACAAUUUAUGCCAGAACGUUUCCCCGGAUUGUAACAACACGAGAAAAAGAAAGAAAGAAAAUAAAAAAGACUUUAGGACGACAGAACUGCAAUCUCAUUUCUCUUCUCUUUCUCUUCUUCUCUUGUGACUGUUGGGCUUAGACGUGGAAUUACGUCGAAUACCUUGUUUUUCUUGUUCCAUCUGAACCACGACCAAAUCUCAUUCAGCAACCAGGCCACAUCACAACCAUGACCACCGAGGCAACAUCGUCGCAGCUUGUCUCGAAUCAUGAAACAGCAUCGUCCGCAUCAGUAUCAGCAACACCGGCCCAAACCUCGACCUCCAAACCCUCAUCGAUCCUCGACCCCGCCAACUUCCCACAAAGCCUAGAAUCGCCGACCAUAUUCAUCUCUCUGGUCUACACGCCGCUUGAUAUUCCAAAAUACCUACAGUUCACACGUUCACCGACCGCAGGAGCCAACGUACUGUUUCUGGGCACGACUCGGGACAACUUUGACUCUCGACCGGUGUCUCGACUCUCAUACCAGGCCUACCCCUCACUGGCAUUGAAGUCGCUCCAUGCAAUCGCCGAGGACGUGCAGAGAAAACAUGGGUUAGAGAAGAUUGCCAUUGUCCAUCGUCUGGGAGAAGUCAAGGUCGAAGAAGAGAGCAUUGCCGUCUCAGUCAGCAGCGGUCACCGCGCUGCUGGCUGGAAGGGCGCAGAGGAAAUCCUCGAGCGGGUCAAAGCCCGCGCCGAAAUCUGGAAGAAGGAAUGGUUUGCUGAUACUGGUGAAAUGGAAGAGGGUGUUUGGAGAGCAAACAAGGAUCGAGAUGCAAAGGGCAAUGUGAUCAAUAAGUAAGAUUAAAACUAGCCCAACACACAUCUGGACUCGCAUGUUUGGGGAAGUCUGCCUUGAAUCACCACCGGGAGGACUACCUACACACCUCGAUCAUCGUUGCUUGGGGGCCGAGGACGCUCGAACACGGCAUGAUGGCGAUGGUUUUGGUGGUGACAGUGACUGGAACUGUCGAACAACGAACGACAUGACAUGUGCCUCCUCAUCCUAGGGGGAGUCUACCUGCAAUCGUCAGGAUAUACGGACGCUGCAACUCCUGGUUCUCGAUAAGCUUGCGAGUCUGCUCCCCGAGAUGGAGUACCAUCUCUACCAAGAUGGUUCCCGGCUUUCGAAUUGCCCCGGCAAAUUCUUCACAUGCGCAGUGGUGAUGAUAUUCUACAACAUCGUCCAGGGCUGUCUGCAUGCUGGACCCUUGAUCGAUGCAAGACCCACAGGGAAAUUAUGCCAGUCAUGUUGAAGAUUCAUGCAAGCAACACAUCUAACGGAGAGGCCGUUACGCCACAACAACAGGGUCAGGUGGACAUGAACAUCGACACAAAGUGCCGGCAGUCGUUUUUCCCUAACAAAACCAACCCACGAACCACAGAAGAGUCACCAAAUCGAGAUCCCUCGCUUGAUCUCCGUUGCAUUGAAAACCAUCUAUGUGGCUGCCGGCACCCGCACCCUGUGUAUUGGAACAGGGUCAAAAUUGACGAUAUCAGCGGGACACCGCCGGAUUCUACGGAGUAUGCCCAAGAACGCUUCCUGGCAGUCUUGGACCGGCCCUCCCGCCAACCAGAGCAUAAUAAAAUCAAUACUAUGGAAUAGGCGACAUGUCAGAGACGCAGCAAUAAUGUCAGACCAAUAAACCAUUUCAAUUCCGUGUUGUUUAUCCUUGUGUAUA